AUGUCGCGUGAGGUAUCGUCGCAUUUGCAAGAACUACAAUUUAUCUUCGCACUGGACGCCGCGGCAAUUAAUCAGCUGGCGUUGUCAUGUACAGACCUCGGCUCCGGUUACGGGAUGUCGGCAAUAGAUCCCGACUGCGGUGUCAACGCGAUCGUGAACUACACACUACCGGAGCAGACAGUUGCGGCCAGAUCGCAAUUCUCAAUAAAACCUGACACUGGAGAGCUCUGCGUCGCCGCAUCACUAGACCAUGAGCUCAACAGUGAUUUCGAAUUCCCUGUCGUCGCAACUGAUAGAGGGGGCCUGUCCACGACCGCCAUGGUGAAGAUCCAACUGCUCGAUAUCAACGACAACGUUCCCGCGUUCACUGUUAAGGACUACAACGUGUCUUUGAAGGAGGGGAGGGUGUCAUCCAGCGAGCCUAUCGUCGCGGUCACCGCUACGGACGCGGACUCUGGAAGAUUCGGGACAGUAACCUACAGGAUCAUCAACGGGAACGAUAACGACGUGUUCAGGAUAGACCGCAGCACCGGCGAGAUGUUCGUCACAAAGCCAGCUCUUAUUCAGGCGAACGGCAAGUUCGAUUUGGAGAUAUCGGCGACCGACGGCGGUGGACUGACCGCACCCCAAGGGGCCGUCGUCCACGUCAACGUGAUGCCUACUGGCGUCGGCUCAGCGUUAUUCGACAAGCCCAGAUACAAUUUCCGAAUCCGCGAAGACGUUAGGAGCGGAACAAUCGUCGGCAAUUUGAAAGCCACCGCCGGAGGAGAUCUUUACAAGUCUUUAAUUGAAGGCGGGCGUUGGGGCGUGAGGCAGAUAAUCGGCGGUGGCAUUAAUGAUUUCAAUUUAGAGGGGUCUGUGCGAAUAAAUUUUCGUAAUGACGCGGCACGGGCGGGCCCCGUAAAAUCUCCGAAAACGAGACGAAACCGCGUCACCGGCUGUAUAAAGAGGAGGGACAAAGGGACAUCGGGGCGGCGGGACGGGGCGGGGGAGGGGCGGUUGCUGGGGACCUGUUACAGGGACAAAGACUGCCGAGAACGUAAGCAGCUCGUCCGAUACAGCAUAGUUUCGGGCGAUCCCGACCAUCACUUCAGCAUCGAACCUCACACCGGUGCUAUCAGAACGUCAACUCAACUAGACAGAGAGGUGACGUCCUCGUACCUGUUAAACGUCCGAGCGGCUAACAGCAAUCCAGCCAGUUACGACCAAACUCAGGUUCAGAUAACGCUGGAGGAUGUGAACGACAAUGCUCCAGAAUUUGGCACAUCAUCGGUUAAAGUAUCCGUGGCGGAAUCAGCGUCCAUUGGAUCUGUAGUUUACGCGGCGAGAGCUACCGACGAGGACAACGGGAAGAAUGGAGAAAUAACGUACACACUGCUCUCUGCAACCGGUCCUUCAAAUACCUUUGCUGUUAAUUCACAGCAUGGUCUGGUUACUCUUUUAAGGCCGCUGGAUUACGAAAACCUUGUCAAACACACCCUUAUAAUUGCCGCUAGAGACGGCGGGACUCCUCCGCUAAGUGCCAAUUUAACUUUAGUGGUCGACGUACAGGACGUCAACGACAACGCACCCGUUUUCGAACAUGACUCGUAUAGCGCUAAUGUAUUAGAAUCCGAAGUAGUAAAAGCAAAGAUUCUGGAAAUCCAAGCGAUAGAUAAAGACACCGGAAACAACGCUCGCGUAACAUACAAAAUUUUAUCGGAAAAUAACACAAACGAAGAGCAUUUUAACGUCCAGCCGGCGACAGGCUGGGUUUAUCUAACAAAACCCCUCGAUAGAGAGACGAUGGCGAAGCACAAGAUGUCUAUAAUUGCCACCGAUAAUGGUAUACCGCCGCUGUCGGCUAGCGCGAGUCUGGUUGUCAACGUUGUUGAUGCUAACGAUAACGAUCCAGCUUUCAUGCAAACGGCCUAUGAGUUCCAAGUGGAGGAAAAUCACAAGGCGGGUGCGUACGUGGGGAAGAUAUCGGCCACAGACGCGGAUUUGGGUGAAAACGCCGCCGUGAGAUAUAGCCUCUUCCCGUCCAACACAAGUUUCGUCGUGAAUCCCAUUUCCGAAGCAAAAGAUCAAGGCAAUUUGCCGAGGUCUAGUAGAGUUCCUAUAGCCAUUAAAAUAACUGACGUGAAUGACAAUUCACCUGAAAUAAUUGAUCCCAGAGAAGAUGUAGUAAGUGUAAGGGAAGAGCAGCAACCGGGAGCAGAAGUUGCCAGAGUAAAAGCCAUAGACAAAGAUAACGGUGUGUUGACAGCAACUCAAAGCUUAGCCAGUGAGAAUGGAAAAUUUAUUCAUUUACGUGUUAUGGCGAAAGAUAAAGGAAAUCCUCCACAGAGUUCAGUGGGACUUAUUGAAAUUCGCGUUGGUGAUUUCAGUGAUCAAUCACCCACUCUAAGCUUUCAAAAUGCAACGUAUAAUGUCACCAUAGACGAAAAUCUUUCCUAUGGCAAAGAAGUGUUGCAAGUAACGGCGUUAAGGAGCGACGGUCGACGUCAAAGAAUCAUUUACGAAUUCGGAAAUGGUAAUGAUCAGUACGCAUUUGAAAUAGAUUCGAACACGGGCGUUAUAAGAGUCAACAAUUCCGAAAAUUUGGAUUACGAGUCACAUCAAGGGCCCAGUCGGCAGCUCGUUGUAGUUGCACGAACUGAAGGCUCUCCGAACAUGUACGCCUAUUGCGACGUCACCGUAAAUCUGCUGGACCAGAACGAUCACGCUCCUAAAUUUACUCAACAACAAUACAUAGCUAACGUACUUGAAGGAAACACGAAGGGGGAAUUCGUCGUGCAACUCGCAGCUAAAGAUGAUGAUCGUGGGGCAAAUGCGAGAAUUCUAUACCACAUUGUGGACGGCAAUCACGAUAACGCUUUCAUAAUCGAACCUGCGUUUUCCGGAUCGGUAAAAACUAAUAUAGUACUCGACCGCGAGAUAAGAGAGAUGUACAAGCUAACCGUAAUUGCGACGGACGAAGGUGACCCACAAAUGACCGGAACAGCCACACUCAGGAUCAACGUGGUUGACGUAAAUGACAAUCAGCCAACGUUCCCACCACCGAAUGUCAUUUCGAUAUCCGAAGGAGCGGAAGUCGGAUCGAUACUGACAUCUGUUACGGCAAAUGACGUUGACACAUAUCCCGCUCUUAAGUACGCUAUUGUUCAAGGGGACAAUACGUUCUCAAUAGACAGAUAUAGCGGGAAGAUUGUACUCAAUAAACCUUUGGAUUACGAAAUGAGACAAGAGUAUGAGGUGAAUAUCACGGCGUCCGACACUGAACAUGUGGCGAGAACAACGUUAACAAUUAAGGUUACGGAUGUCAACGACAAUAGCCCAGUUUUCGAUGAAAUCUCUUAUAACAGAGUGUUGCCAGAAGGAUCGGGCUCGCUUGAAAUCGCCAAGGUUAGCGCUAGGGACAGAGAUAUCGGUGACAACGGUCGACUGUCCUAUUCUUUACUACGACCAAGCGACGGCUACUAUAUAGACGCAAUCACCGGCGCUAUGUUCGUGAACUACAGCGCACUGCCGGCCAACCAACGUGACACGCAGCUGGCCGUACUGGCCACAGACCACGGAAAGCCCAAUAGAAGCGCAGUUGCUUCCGUGAGGAUCAGCACGGGGGCAUCCUCGGAGAUCAAACCGUUUAUUGGGCAAGAUACUUACAGAAUUACUGUUAAUGAAGACACGGAAAAAGGAUCAUCGCUUCUACAAAUUGGCGGCAUCAAUGAUGUUCUCAAAAAAUAUAAUCUCGACUUUCACAUUAUAUCUGGAAACGAAGGUGAUACCUUUGAUGUCACUAUGGAGGGCGCCCUAAUAUUAGUCAAUAGUCUUGACAGAGAGGUUCAAGAUUCGUAUGUACUUGGGCUGGCUGCGGUAGAACAAGGAAAAGUUUUAUCAUACAAUCAGAACAAAACAUCUAUCACCAUCUUCGUUACCGUUGCAGACGCAAAUGAUAAUGCGCCAGUAUUCUCUUUAAGUGACUUCGACAUAUCAGUGAGCGAAAGCGUGAAGAUUGGCCACACUCUCACACAGGUGUCAGCUACUGACGCGGACCUAUUCAAUACACCGAAUGCAGCAAUCCUUUACAACAUCACGUCUGGGGAUGAUGAAAAACUUUUUUACAUACAUCCAACAACUGGUAUAUUGACCGUUAACAAGACACUAGACUAUGACAUUGGCAACCCUAAAUUCAAACUUGUGAUAGUUGCAUGCGAUCAGGGUUCACCCUGUUUGUGUAAUACCGCGUACAUAGAGGUUGAUGUUCUCGAUGAGAACGAUAAUGCACCAACUUUCCCAGUCUCCGAAUACUUUGAGACUAUCGGUGAAAACGAACGAGUCGGUACUUCCAUUUUCAUCGCGAGAGCAACAGAUCUGGACAAAGGCAAAUAUGGUAAACUGAACUAUUCUAUAAUACCAAAUUAUAACAGAAACGACGACUCGUGGAAAAUGUUCCAGAUAGAUGCAUUCUCGGGUUUAGUUAACUCAAAUGCUGUUUUUGAUUAUGAACAGAAAUAUAAGUAUGAAUUUUCGAUCAAAGCUUCAGACUUGGGGGGUAAAAGUUCAACAGUAAAAGUUAGAAUUGAUGUGGAGAGUCGUGAUGAGUUUUAUCCGCAAUUCACACAAAAAACUUACAACUUUGGUGUUCCAAAGUCAGGAUCGUUACCAAUGGGUUACAUGAUUGGUCAAGUAACUGCGACUGAUAGAGAUAAAGGUAUCGACGGUCGCAUAGUCUAUCAAUUGUCAACGUCACAUUCAUACUUUAAAAUAAACAGAACUACAGGCAUCAUUAUACUAAAGAAGAAAGUUGAUUCGGUUCAAAGUGUUUUUGGAGGUGACAAAUCUAUCAGUUUGGUUGUGACAGCUAGUUCUGGACGCCAAGGAUCGCUAACAAACAAAACUGCAGUAGAAAUGUUACUUGAUCCAUUAGCUGUAGUGUCCGAUAAUACUAAUUUAAUAAACGACACGUCUGUCGCACAAAGUAGUGGACUAUCAGAUUGGGCAUUAGGAUUACUCAUUGCAUUUAUAUUUAUAAUUAUUAUAUUCGCUGCAGCAUUUUUAUUUCUCCACAUGAAAAACAAAAGGCACAAGAAAGUUAAUAAACCAGACCUUAGUUCUGACGGAGUUGGUGCGACCAACAGCUACGUAGACCCUAGUGGCUUCGAUACAAUACAGAUAAGAAACACAGGACCUGUUAACGCAGCAAACCAAUUUGCUCCUCCAAAGUAUGAUGAAAUUCCUCCUUACGGACCGCAUACGGCUAGUUCGAAUUCUGGUGCAGCAACAACCUCUGAACUCUCCGGCUCUGACCAAUCAGGGUCUAGUGGUCGGGGGUCCGCUGAAGAUGGGGAGGAUGGUGAAGAUGAGGAAAUUAGAAUGAUAAAUGAAGGACCACUACAAAGAGAAUCAGGUCUGCAUAGACAAUCUAAUGGAGUAGACGACGAUAACCUCUCCGACGUUUCAGUACAUAACACUCAAGAAUACCUAGCAAGACUUGGUAUAGUUGAUACCGGAACGGGUGGUGGAGCUUCAACUUCUUCAAGGAGAUGUUCAGAGAAUGUCGGAAACAAAGAUACAAUGCUGCAUCAUGGACCAAUCGACUCUAUGCACAUUUUCGACGAAGACGGUGCCCACGAGAAUGAUAUAACGAAUCUUAUAUAUGCAAAGCUGAAUGAAGUGACUGGCAGUGAGAGAGCGAGUAGUGCAGAUGAAGCUAGUGCCGCUGUAGAUAGGGCUAUGGCUUUAGGGGCAUUUCCUAGUGCUCCGGGUGAAAAUACCGCCGUACCCACAGCUGGACCUUCAAUGACUGGUAGUCUAAGCUCUAUCGUGCAUUCCGAAGAAGAGUUGACAGGCAGUUACAAUUGGGACUACCUCCUUGACUGGGGUCCCCGGUACCAGCCUUUAGCACAUGUGUUCUCGGAAAUAGCGCAUUUAAAGGACGAUGCCGUUUCACUUCAGAGUGGCAACAGUGGCGCUUCUAGCGCUAAGAGUAAAGGGACUUCUAUAACAGGAGGAAAAAGUGUCCCACCACCCUUGUUAACUACGGUUGCACCGAGAAGUUGCCCGGCACCUUCUUUAUCCUGUCGACAGCCGCAGCAUUUGUUACCGAGAUCACCGAUUAGCCACGAUGUUCCAGGCGGAUUUUCCGCCGCCGCGGCCAUGUCUCCGUCCUUUUCGCCAUCCCUGUCACCUCUAGCUACUAGAUCCCCCUCAAUGUCACCUCUUGUGGGGCCAGGUUUACCACCGGCCCCGGCUAACAGAAAACCACCCCAUUCGACAAUGAGAAUA